AUGUCCACGAUAGCCUCUCCCCGCGACGCGCCGCGCCGCAUAAACUCGCAACCCGCCGGCGCCACCCCAACCUCGUCCACGCGCCCCAGCCUCGAUACCUCACGGUCGCCCAUCGGCUCGCCGAGCCUCAGCGGCAGUCCUAACCCUCUCUACAACAGCGGCACCCCCACUUCUUCUACACCCACCAGCAGCAAUGCACCCCCGACGAAGCGCAACCGCGCCGCCCUGCGCGAAUACUACAACCUCAAGAAAGCCGCCGCCGCCUCCUCGCCGCCGCACGUCGAGGUGACGGAUCCGUUCGGCGAGACAGCCGGCAACGCGCACGAAAACGAGCACUACUCGGAGGUGCCGCCGAGCGAGAUGGACAAGGACGGGUUCGACGCGGAGGCGUUCGUGCGGAAGGCGCUGGUGGAGAACGGGAUGGAGGAUCUGCUGCGGCUGUACACGCGGGUGCUGGGGGAGACGCGGGCGCUGGAUGCCGAGAAGAAGGCGCUGGUGUACGACAACUACAGCAAGUUGAUCACGGCUACGGAGACGAUACGGAAGAUGCGGACGAACAUGGACCCCCUGACCCCGAUGGCGUCAACCCUCGACCCAGCCAUCGCCCAGGUCUACUCGCAAGCCUCCGCCAUACGGGACUCGCUGCGGAAGUCCAUCCCACCGCCCGACCCAUCCAGAGCCCAAGCGGAGGAGGCACGUCAGAAGCGAGCGCGGACGAAGAAGCUAGCCAUCGAGGUUCUGGACACACCGGAUAAAAUACGAGCACUUGUCGCGGAGGGGCGUCUAGAGGAUGCAAGACAAGCGUGGGUGAUGCCGCGGAAGCUUCUGCUGGUGUGGAAGGAGAAGGGAUUUGGUGGAGCGGAUGUGGAUGCGUGUAUAGAGGACGGAGAUUCCGCUGUCAAGGGUGAGCCGAGUAAGGGGAAUUGGCGGGAACGGAAUGGGAAUGGGAAUGCACCAUGA